AUGAUUGGUAACGAAAAAAGGAAUGAGUGUGAUUUUCGGAUUGAAAACAACACAAGAUUGGAUAUGGAUAAGUAUUGUGACACUGGCUAUUUUUAUUAUUAUUUGGAUAUGACGAUCAGGGGAAACUUGCAGGAUUGUGGUUGCCCUGGAAACCAAAUCUUCGAACACUAUCUCGAUGAAUACCAGAAUUGCACUGUCCUUACCAAUGGCUUAUUCUUAAACUAUUUCUACACCUCAACCAGUUUGCAUGGCUUAUCAAAUAUUCAACUUGUCAAGGGAAAAAUGAAUAUUCAAAAAAUGAAAAUUCAAAAUUUAUCGUUUUUGGAGAACUUGACCACUCUGAAAAUUCGAAACCUGGGAACCGGAGAGAAAAUUGUGUUUAAUAUCCAAGAUAAUUUGAAAAUGACAAGAUUCAAGAUACCUUCUUUAAAAACUAUUGAAAAUGUAGAAGACGCUGGAAUUCGACUUUUCAACUUUGAGAAUCUCCACCCGGAGUUCUGUCUAACUAUUCGAGAACUCAUGUGGUUUUUGCAGCAGGAAGUGUCUUUUUUGAAUCUUCAUGCAACAAUUUGUGAUGAUGGUUUUGGCAAUCUAGAUGGGAAAACGUUGUGUCAUUUUGAGUCAAUGAGUAAACUGGCUGAAAAUUGUAUUAUUAUUCUGGGAGACUUAUAUAUUGGAGCUGGAGAUGAAAAGUAUAUAAAUAAAUUGGAGACGGUUAAGUAUCUAUUUGGAUCACUAAAUAUGAGAGGCACAAACUUGGAAAAUUUUAACUUUUUGAACAAUCUGAAAUAUAUUGCAUUUCUGGGUAGUGGUGUUCAUUCAGACUUAAAACCUGUUAUUCAAUUGAUAUCAAACAAAAAUUUGAAGAAUGCAGAGCUCAGUGGGGUCACGAACGUCUUGGUUUCAAAUGCGCCGUUUUUAAAUUCCUUGUUUAAAAAUAGUAUCAGAAAAGCUCGUCGGACAGCUAUUAUUCAAGAUAACCACCCGGAUAUAUUCCAACAUUUGAAUGGGUCCUGUAAUUUGAUAAACACUGCAGAUGAGGUUUUAAGAUACCGAACAGCUUUGAAUUAUAGUGGAGGGAAUUGUGACCCUCCUUGUGUCUUCAAACAUUCUGAAGUCUCCUCAAAAACUAUCAAAUCCUUCCCAAAUUGCAGUAUGGUUUACGGUAUUUUGGUAUUCAAUCAGAAUACCGAUAUGACCUCCGCAGAGAUUAAAAAUGGUUUGAGCAAAAUGAGCAUUCUCGUUGGAGGAAUCCUAGUAGAGAACUCAAAUUUAACAGAUCUAUCAUUUAUUACGGGUCCGUGGGAUACUUUUCUAACCCUUUAUUGUAAAAUGUACGGCGUUUUCAUUCGUAACAACUCUCAAUUAUCUAACUUGAGUACGAUGACAAAGGCCUUUUUGCAUGGGACUGAUGAUGGCGAGUGUAAUUUUGAAAUCAAGAACAAUGUGAAGUUGAAUGUGGGAAGAGUUUGUGACGAAGAGAAGUUGCCUUACUAUAUGAAUAUGCGUGUCGAAGGGAAUCUGAAGGAUUGUGACAACCAUCCGGAUAUUUUCAAAGAUAAUGAAGGGAAACGUAGGAUUACCACUUUCGAUUAUGAGAUAUUUUUGUACCGAUUGACGUCGGAGUUUGUUGGUGGAGACUGUGGAGAACGAGUUGAUAUAAUUGACGAGAAGAAAAUUGAAGAGGAGUCAUCAGGGGGAUAUAUUUUUGGCAACGAGUUUUAUAGUUUUUGUGGUUUUUUCAAAGCUCGAAUAAAGUUCACUGAAAAUGUUUAUAGCAUAAAGUAA